AUGUCUCGCCAUGAAGGGGUCAGCUGUGAUGCCUGCCUGAAGGGGAACUUCCGAGGUCUCCGCUACAAGUGCUUGAUUUGCUACGAUUACGACCUGUGUGCGUCGUGCCACGAGGCGGGGGCAUCCACGACCCGUCACUCCUCCGAUCAUCCCAUGCAGGUCAUCUUGACCCGGUCGGACUUCGACCUGUUCUACGGCGGGGAGACGCUGACGCACGACCAGCCCCAGGCGUUCACGUGUCCGCACUGCGGGAGACUGGGGUUCACGGAGGCGUCGCUGGGGGAUCACGUGUCGCUGGAGCACGCGGGGACGACGACGGAGGUGGUGUGCCCGGUGUGUGCGGCCUUGCCGGGGGGGGAGCCGAAUCACCUCACGGAUGAUCUGGGGACGCAUCUGGCGGAGCAUCGGGGGACGACGAGGGAUUCGGAGACGCCGCCCUUGAGGGGGGCGUUGAGGAGGAGUGUGGGUAGGGGGAUGUCGCGGCGUCGGACGCACCUGCAGUUCAACAGUAACAGUGGGUUGUAUUCGUUGUAUCCGGGGGGCGGUGGUAAUGCGGCGGCCACGAGUACGCCUUCGAGCGGUGCGAAUGCCAAUGCGUCGAGCGGUCGCGAUGCUUCGGAUCCCAUCGCCGAAUUGUUGUCCCAGCUUUCGACCGUCCGUCGCAUGCCACCGUCGAAUCCCGGUUCGGCCACGUCCCAGCUCCAGCACAUCAUCCAGGCGCAAGGCUCCAGCUAUCGCCAGAUCUCCGGUCUUCGGCAGCAGCUCGAGCGGAUGAGCGGCCGACCCGUCCCACACGCGCGAGGCGGUGGGGCCAGCUCGGGAGCGUUGAAGGGCACAGUAGCGGCCACCGCUGCUGGGGGCACUACUACGGUCGCCGUCACGGGCAGCGGGGGGAAGAAGGCUUCGGAUGCUGGGGGGUCUUCCGGCGAGGCGCCCAACAGCAUGUAUCUGCUCAGCCGCGUGACUUGCCCCGAAAAUCCCUCAGAAACAGAGUUGCAGCAGACAGACGUGGAAGUUGCAGACCGUUGCACAUUCACUCAUGAAGUUGUUCUUGCAACCCUAUGCAGGUUGCUAUCGGAUUCCGAUGAACAAGAUCCUUCUCUAUCAUAUCUAUGA